AUGCUCCACUCCCGCCUCCGACCCCUCCCCCGCCGUCGUACGCCCUUAUCUUCUUCCCCGUCUGCCCCUCCUCCCGAUUUCCACGAUGAGGACUCCGUCGAGGAUGAAUCUCCCGAAGACGUCUUUGGAGCCUUCCUUCCCCACCUGUUCCCAGACGAUGCUCCCAGUUUCCACGGUGACCCUGGGCAGCAUCUCCUGUACAGUUCUCCGCGCUAUGGCGCUCUUGAUAUCAUGGUCCCCUCCUAUCCUGACCAGAGCCAAAAUCGCUCGGAAGAGACCGCAGAUGGGCAAGUAAACGAUGCUGAUAAAGGGCGAAAGCUGUUCGCGCACUUUCUAUGGAGUGCGGCCAUGGUGGUCGCAGAGGGGGUUGAAAAAGCAGAGCAUCUCUCUUCGGUGGGACAAUUGGAUUCCGAUACGGCGAUGUGGAAAGUUACAGGGGAGAGUGUGCUUGAACUGGGCGCUGGUGCCGCAUUACCAUCUGUAGUCUGUGCCCUCGCGCAAGCAUCUACUGUUACCAUUACCGACCAUCCCUCUUCUCCCGCCUUGGCUGGCGCCAUCGCCUUCAACGUCGACCACAAUGUUCGCAACUCUUCCUCCACUACUGAUGUCACUAUCAAGCCCCAUGAGUGGGGAACACUGGACAGCGAUCCCUGGGCCGUCGAGAAGAAAGGAACCUUCACACGGAUCAUCGGUGCGGAUUGCUACUGGAUGUCCUCGCAGCACGAGAACCUCGUAAGUACGAUGAAAUGGUUCCUUGCACCCGGCGGCAAGGUCUGGGUUGUUGCCGGAUUCCACACCGGGCGAGCCAUCGUGGCCGGGUUUUUCGAAACUGCAGUAGACAACGGACUGGAAAUUGAGCGGAUCUAUGAGCGGGAUCUCAAUGCCGGGGCGGAAGACGGGAACGAAGUCCGUCGGGACUGGGUGUCUGAGAGGGAGGGCGAAGGCCCCGAGAACCGCAGGAGAUGGUGUGUAGUUGCUCUCCUCAAGAGAAAAGGAGAGUAG